AUGCUACCUCUACAGCUGUUAAUUUAUGCACUCUACCGGGUUAUUCGUACUAUCAUAUUUAUAGAAUCAGAUUUAUAUACAUUAGUACGGAAAUUAUUACAACAUGAGAAGACUGGUAAUGUGGAGUUCUUCAAUAUUUUAACAAGGUUUCGAUUAGAUCCCACUGACAUCGCUCAGGACCAUGACUUUUUGAUAUUCAACGAUGGAUUUGGAAUUAUUGAGGACCUGAUCGAACCAUGUUGGAUGAUUUAUACCAUAACUGAACGAUAUGUAUACUUCGUUCGGAUACCGUACGAGUGUUCCCUAUCUAUUUCCACGACAUCUCGUCUAACGGCACUUUGCUACAAUUCAGCUGAUAAGCUAGCCCGUAUGGAUAUAGGCGAUUUUUUGACUGAAACAAAAUCGAGGAUCGAUCCAUCAAGAGGACGAGUUGUCAUACUUCACAGUUCGCCUUGUUGUGGUGGCAGUAUGCUGGGUAGACUGUUGAGUUCUGUCGAUGUGACAGAAUCCAGACUACUGGUUCUUGGUGAGCCGCCUGUAUUGACUGCCUUAGCCGUUCUUGCUCAAUAUUUAUCGAUCGAAACGAUGCGAUCGAUAACAGCUGCUUCGUUACGAUUCUCGAUGCGAGACAUCGAAAUGGAUCAGGUCGUCGUGAUGAAAGCACGGUCAUGCUGUGCAAAAAUCGUGCCUUAUGUUCAUGUUACUAUGCCCUCUAUACAACAUCUAUUUAUUACUGCCAGAGAUCCUACAGUAGCCAUUCCAAGGCUGCUAUCUUCAACUUCCCAAAAUUUGCCAGCUCUACACAUGGCAUGCAAUCUUCUAUCCUAUUCACCAGCAAUUUGUGAUUUCUUCACGUGUUGGCGAUUACUCGAAUCAGAAAUGAUACAGAAGAUUGGCCCAAAAGCGGAUUUUGAAUUCGCUUUGGCACAAAUUAUGGGCUGUAUCAUUAGCUAUCAAAGGAAUCUUAAGUAUUACGCACUUGAGGUCACUUACGCUGAGGAUUUGUUGAACGAUCCACUAACCGUGAUCCGUCCAAUUCUGGACGUCUGUGGCAUGAGUCAUAUGGCAGUGACCGACCAUCGAGCAUGGAAACUUCGAGAAGAAACGGCUAUCCAAUCCCAAUGCAUCGCUCCACUUGACGAUAUUCAACGGCAAAGGGUUAAAUUACUGGUAGAAUAUCUGCAACAAGACUGGUGCAGAUAA